AUGGAAUCUCAUUCGCAACGGAUUUCAAGUGGACCAACACAUAAUGACACAACAGAAUAUGUGCUUCAACCGUAUGCUACCCCCUCUGAAGCUUUAAGACAAAGUAAUAGAGAUGUAUGUACCGACGUAAAACCUCACAUAUGCGGAGUGUGUGACAUAACAUUUAAGAACAAAAGUGAUUUGCAUAAGCAUGAAAUAAUUCAUACAAGUGAAAAACCAUAUCAAUGCGAACUUUGUGAUAAAUCAUUUAAUCGAAAAUCGAAUCUAAACGAGCACAAAGUAGUACAUACCGAAGUGAAAUCUCACAGAUGCGGAGUGUGUGACAAAACAUUUAAGAGAAAAAGUGAAUUGCAUAAGCAUGAAAUAAUUCAUACAAGUGAAAAACCAUAUCAAUGCGAACUUUGUGAUAAAUCAUUUAAACGAAAAUCGAAUCUAAACGAGCACAAGAAGGUACAUAUCGAAAUGAAAUCUCACAUAUGCGGAGUGUGUGACAAAACAUUUAAGGCAAAACGUUAUUUGCAUCAGCAUGAAAAAAUUCAUACAGAUGAAAAACGAUAUCAAUGCAAAUUAUGCGAUAAAUCAUUUAAUCGACAAUGUCAUCUAAACUCGCAUCAGAUGGCACAUAUCGAUGCGAAACCUUACAAGUGUGACCAAUGUGAGAAAAGUUUCACGUCAAAACGAGUGUUGCGUCGUCAUAUAAAUGCAAAGCACAACGCUAAAAGACCGUACAGAUGCGGAAUAUGUAGUAAAACGUUUAAACAUAAUGGUGAUUUGCAUAGGCAUGAGAGAAUUCAUACAAGUGAAAAACCAUAUCAAUGCGAGGUUUGUGAUGAAUCAUUUCGGUGA